AAUAAAGCUUUUAGCUUAAUAUAUAGAUUAAAUAUUAUAGUACAUGAAUCCUAAGUGUAUUUACAAAGGAAAUCUGUCACGUACAAAUUGUAUUACUUCAAACUGUAGAAUUCAUAACAAUGACAAUUUGUAGAGCUUGCGGUCAAAAUUUAAUCGAUGACAAUGGGAGUGUAUGUUUCAAAAACUAUGCCGAGAUAUAUUUCCAUCUGACGUCUAUUACGCUCUAUGAUUACGAGGAUCAAAGUCAAUCAAAACUGUGUAUACAGUGUAUCGAAAAAUUGAAAGAUUUUAACGAGUUUCGCAAUAUCUGCCUCCAUGUACAUAGUUCGUUACAAAACGUGAAAGUUGAAGAACCUGAAUCUCAGGAGAACAUUGAUUUGGAAAUCGAAUGCAAGUCUGAAAGUUAUCAUUUAUCAUUAUCAGCAGAUGAAUGUUUUAACAAUGAAAGUGAUAGCAAUGAAGAAAACGAAAUUCAUAAACCUGAACAUGAUAUCCACAAAAAAAAUGUUCGUCAUUCAGAGAAACGUAAAUCAAAAAAGAAGUGUUUCAAGAAAAACAAUCAGGAUAAUCAAGAACUAAAGGAGCAGCGUCAUCUCUAUACCUGUGAGCAGUGUCCCAAACGAUUUCACGUACAAUCUAAAUAUGAAGCUCAUAAACGUACACAUGUUGGGCUAAAACCAUACGAAUGUGAAACAUGCCAUCGUUCGUUUACCGGCUGGCACUAUCUUCGUUUUCAUCGUAUUCAGAAGCAUAGUGGCAACAAGGUACUCCUCACAUGCGAUCAUCCAGGUUGUGAGCAACAAUUAUCUACCCGUUAUGCUCUCAAACGACAUAAAACGCGUACACAUGAUCCAAACUUCGUCCCUGAAACAACUGUAUUUGUUUGCGAUACAUGCGGGAAAACAUUUAAUUCAAACGGAAACUUAAAAAAGCACAAGUAUACCCAUACCCCGGCCGAAAUGCCUUUCGUAUGUGGGAUUUGUUCCAAACAGUUUCCAACGUCAAACAAGUUAAAGGAACAUAAAUUGCGACACGAUGGUGUGAAGAAUCAUACUUGUCCACAGUGUGGACUGCGAAAAACAACCAUGCACGAACUACGGCAGCACAUUAAGCAUAUGCAUGCAGCACCACGUUCAGUCGCAUGCGACAUUUGCCCUCGUCGAUUCAACAAUGUGGGGAGCCUUAAUGUCCAUGUUAGAAUCGUUCAUUUGGGAGAAAAACGGCACAAGUGCCCAGUAUGUGAAUGGGCUUUUGGAAGGAGCGAUCACCUGAAGCGACAUAUGAAAAGCCACACGGGUUGAUAGUGUUAAGUUGUUUCAGGAUGCAAAUAUUGAUUAUUUUAUAAAUAAAGCGACCUUCAACAUCCA